GCGGCCGGGGCGGCGAUGAGCGCGCCGCGGCGGCGGCGGCCCCGCAGCCAUGGAGAUCCGGUGCGGCGGGCUUCUCUUCAGCUCCCGCUUCGACUCGGGCAACCUGGCGCACGUGGAGAAGGUGGAGCCGCCCGAGGGGGGCGGCGGCGGCGGCCCCGCGGCCUGCGGCGCCGCCCUCCCCGCCGCCGACUACGAGUUCAACGUGUGGACGCGGCCCGACUGCGCGCACACCGAGUAUGAGAACGGCAACAGGUCCUGGUUCUACUUCAGCGUGCGGGGGGCCGCGCCGGGGAAGCUCAUCAAGCUGCACGUGCUGAACAUGAACAAGCAGAGCCGGCUCUACUCGCAGGGCAUGGCGCCCUUCGUGCGCACCGUGCCCGGGCGGCCCCGCUGGGAGCGCGUCCGCGAGCGGCCCAGCUUCGAGAUGGUGGAGACCCAGUUUGUGCUGUCCUUCGUGCACCGCUUCCUGGAGUGCCGCGGCGCCACCACCUACUUUGCCUUCUGUUACCCUUUCUCCUACACGGAAUGCCAGGAGAUGCUGGCGCAGCUGGACAGCCGCUUUGAGGAGUGCAAGUACAUGUCUCCCAGCAGUCCCCUCGACUCUGUCUAUUACCAUCGAGAGCUGCUCUGCCACUCCUUGGACAAGCUGCGGGUGGACUUGCUCACCAUCACCUCCUGCCACGGCAUGCUGGAGAAGCGAGAGCCCAGGCUGGACAAGCUCUUCCCGGACAGCACCACUCCUCGACCUCACCGCUUCGCAGGAAAGCGGGUAUUUUUCUUGAGCAGUAGAGUCCACCCUGGGGAAACACCUUCCAGCUUUGUCUUCAAUGGCUUCCUGGAUUUCAUCCUGCGAGAGGAGGACCCUCGUGCCCAAAUGCUGCGGCGGAUGUUUGUCUUUAAGCUCAUUCCAAUGCUGAAUCCAGAUGGGGUGGUGCGAGGCCACUAUCGAACGGACUCCCGUGGAGUAAACCUGAACCGCCAGUAUCUUAACCCCGAUGCCGAGCUGCACCCUGCAAUAUAUGGGGCCAAAGCUGUCCUCCUCUACCACCACAUUCACAGCCGUGUUCUGCCAGGCUCUCCUGACUGGAGGACGUAUGUCUCCCCACUGAGCACCAGCUCGCUAAGCACAAAAUCUUCCAACCAUUCCAUUUGCAGCAGUGCCCUGUCGUUGGAGACACCCCUGUCUGAGCUGGAGAAAGCCAAUAACCUCCGUAACUCGUCCAGCACCUGGAAAGCCAGCACUUACUUCAGCUCUUCUCAGGACCCCCAGCCCUCAGGAGCACCUGCCACUGAGCUGGGGAACAAGGACCAAGCUGUCUGGAUUCUCCCUUCUAACCACACCGUGGAGCACUGUGAGGAGGACGCCAAGAGGCCUCCAUCAACAUCUCUCCCAGAAACCAUCCUGCCCCAGGACAGUGGGCUGGCCUACUACGUAGAUCUUCAUGGGCAUGCGUCCAAGCGUGGCUGCUUCAUGUACGGCAACAGUUUCAAUGAUGAAAAUGAUCAGGUAGAAAACAUGCUGUUCCCUAAACUCAUCUCCUUGAACUCACCUCACUUUGACUUCACGGGCUGUAACUUCUCGGAGAAGAACAUGUAUGCCAAAGACAAACGAGAUGGGCAGUCGAAAGAGGGCAGCGGGCGAGUGGCCGUCUACAAAGCCUUGGGUAUCAUCCAUAGCUACACCCUGGAAUGCAACUAUAACACUGGGCGCUCAGUGAACAGCAUCCCUGUGGCCUGCCAUGACAACGGACGGGCGAGCCCUCCGCCUCCUCCUGCCUUCCCCUCCAAAUACACCGUGGAGCUGUUUGAGCAGGUCGGGAGAGCCUUGGCUGUAGCAGCCCUGGACAUGGCCGAGUGCAAUCCGUGGCCGCGGAUCGUCCUGUCUGAGCACAGCUGUCUUAGCAACCUGCGAGCCUGGAUGCUGAAGCACGUGCGCGGCAUGAAGGGUGCAGCUGGGUGUCCACGGAAGAAAGGUGCCAGGACCCCUCCAAAGAGCUCCACUGGGCUCCCGACCUCAACCUCUGAUAAUGCCCUGUCCCGCGUGAGGAGCUUCAGCAACGGCACCAGUGGGAGCAGCAGCAGCCAACAGGACUUGCCACAGAUCAAACCCUCGCCCAGUUUCACCUUCAGCUGCAGCAGACCCUCCGGUGCAGCCCCUGCGAGCCAGGGCCCUCAGAAAGGCAGCACUAGAGCCCCAGGACUGGUCAGAGACACGUCCACCGCCUCCCGGGAGGCGGCAGCCCAGCGCUUUGAUGGGUCCUGCGUGACGCUUGUUGGCACAUUCCCUGCGAUUAGAAAGUCAUUUCCCUCCUCGGCACUCUCAGAGCCGCGAGCCCUGGACAAGCAGCACCAGCAGCACCCGAGCCUGCUGCGAGCAGCAGCCAGCAGCAUCCACCUGCCUCCUCUCCCUCCCUGUGCCAGGAGCCUGUCGCGGUCACAGCCGCCUCCCCGCGUUGGCCCCUGCUCCCUCCCAGCCUCCCUCAGGCCAGGGACCCUGCCCGCGGGCGAGCAGGCGGCGUGGGAGGCCCAGCGCCGCGGCGGGGAGCCCACGGCUCGGCACGGCACGGCACCGCUGCAGGUGCUACCGAAGAAGCUGAGCGCCAGGAGGGGCCUGGAGCAGCCCAGCCCCGGGGGGCUCCCCCCUCGCCCCAGUAGGAUCCCCGUGCGGAGGAAGGGGGCAGCGGCUGGCCAGAGCCCGACAGGGCUGCGCUCCGACAGUGCCGCAGCCCGCCCGGCCUGGAAGCAGAGCUCCGGCGCGCCCCGGGCUGCACAGCCUCCGCCAGGGCUCUGCCAGGAGGCUCCAGCCCCUAGCGCAGGGCUGCAGACAGCGGGGCAACUCUUCCUCUGCGAGAGCAAGCGCCUGCACCCCAAGCGUCCAGCAGGCCCCAGCGCAGACUCCUCCUCGCUCAGCUCCUACCGCCAGCUCCUGUCCUUCUGCGCUGAGGCCUGACCAGCGGCGCCCGCCCCGCGCCGGGGCCCACGCACCUGCGUCAGGCAGCCGCUCCGGCUGCCCCUCAGCCCAAAGCUGCAGCUUGGUGCAGAGCCCGGGGGGAAGGGGGGGCGCAGACCUGCUCUGCCUCUUGCCCCUUUCAGUCUCUCCUGGGCCCUGCAGCACCCAGCACCCGACCGCGCAGCCGCCGGGGCCCGGCUCGGACAUGCGUCGCCCUCCGGGGCCGCUCGGCGCGGACCCAAGCUGCUGGCACGCGCUGUGCUGCCCCUUCCCGAGGCGGCUCCCAGCCCCAGGGCCGCACAUGCCGGCUCUGCCUGCGCCCGCACCCUCCCCACCCCGGCUGCCGGGGAGGCCCCCGGGCUCAUCGCGGCUCAGAGCGGGGGCCGUGCCCCGAAAGCCCAGAGCUCCCAGCGCACGGCUGUUCCCUGCCGGAGCUAGGAGCCCCGUCCCGUGGGGCCGAGGGUGCUGGCCCUGGAGGCAGGCCCGGCCCGGGCAGCUCCCGCCGGCCCAGCGCUGUGGAGCCGUCGUCGGUGCGCUGAAGAUAUUUUUACGGAAUAGGGUUUUGUCUUGUACUGCAUUUCUAUUAAAGUUUGUUUGGAAGAA